GCUGGAUAUCCAAACCCCAACACCCGAAAUCUACACAAGGACACAAGGUGAACAAUGGACCGAGACACGGCGGCCGAACUCACAGAGCGCUUUCAACGCUACUGCAACACCAAGGAUGACGGACUUCCAGAACAAAUUCUCGGAGAACUGCAGUCCAUGCUGCGGUUAUAUGAUGUCACACCGGAAGAGUUGGAUUUCAAAUGGCAGGCAUACAGCAUGAAAAUGGGUGCGGACGAGACGCCGCUGGAGUUGCGGACUGCGCGCGACUUCAAGAAGAACCUGCAGGACACACUGGAGAGGGAAAGCAGGGCCAAGGCUCAGACGAGGAAUGAGACGAAAAGGCAUGUGCCGACUCCGCGGGCCGGAAAAGGUGCUGAAGAUGUAUUUGGGAUGCUGGAUGGCUUGGUCCCGAAUACACCUCGUCCUGGAGUAUCGAACGGCGUCAACGGAAGCACGGUGAAACGGAAAUCGAACUUCGAUACCCCUGUCGGGAAGGCCAGUAAAAGCCAUGAGAUGAGCUCUCCCGGAGCGGGUCUCACGCCGAAGAUUGAAUCGAGUGCAGAUGCUUUUGUCUUCGCUUCUAGAGAGCACGCAGGCGAUAUUACGGAGCAGUUGAACGGCCACAUUCUACUGCCUGAGCCUCCAGAAGAAGCUCCCGCGGAAUCGAGAAUCAAGCUGAAAGCUAAUACCGACAUGUCUAAGUUCUCGUACAAGACUAUGGCAAUGAAGCUGUCCGAGGCUUCGGAAGUUCUGGAUGAUCGAAUCGAUGAAUUUCGCCAACUGGUACAGGACCGCCAUCAACUGGAAAAUAGCGCUUUUGGGGAUCCUACCUUCCAAUCGCCUAGCGAGAUCAUAGCCGUGGGGCGUAUCGCAUCAGACACCAGCGACGGGAAACUCAAUGUUGCAUCGCUGGUUCUAGAGGGUUCCCGCCGAUGGGGCCGUGGACGCCGCAUUCCUCUCAAGGUGGACAAUCUGCAGUCAUAUAACUUCUUCCCAGGACAAAUCGUUGCCCUCCGUGGCACCAACGCAUCCGGCGACUUCUUCAAGGUCACCGAAGUUAUCUCCCUUCCUCUCCUGAACCAGCCCGCUUCCAGACCAGAUGAACUGGACACUUACAACACUCGCCUCCUCGACACCCCCGAAUCUGACCCCGACAGUGUUCGCGCCCUCACUGUCCUUAUGGCCGCUGGCCCCUACACCACCGACCAGGAUCUCGAUUUCUCCCCUCUCCAUACCCUUCUCGACAACGCCAUUUCCGCAGUGGCUGACUCCCUAAUCCUCAUCGGUCCCUUCCUCGACGCCGAACACCCAGUGAUCAGAUCCGGAGAUUUCGACGUCCCACCCCAAGUCAGCAAUCCCGACCAAGCCACCCUCAACGACCUCUUCCGCCACCACAUUUCCUCUGCCCUGCAAAACUUCUGCCAGCGCCUUCCUACUUGCAACGUCAUUCUCGUUCCAAGCCUACGCGACGCGCACCACGCGCACGCUGCCUUUCCGCAAGACAAAUUCGUGAAGAAGGAGUUGGGGUUGCCGAAGCAGGUGCAGUGCGUCACGAAUCCUAUGACGUUGUCUAUGAACGAGAUUAUUGUUGGUAUGUCUUCGCUAGACAUACUAGACAUGCUCAGGCGCGAGGAACUCGUAGGUGGUAAAGCGAGAAAUGUAAACUUGUACGAGAGAGGGGCGAGAAAUGUCAUAGAGCAGCGCAGCUUUCUCCCUAUUUUUCCACCGACAGGAAGAGAGAAAUUGGCGGCGCCAGCGACGGUGAAGGAGAGUCUCUUCAAGGGCGAGGGCGGGGAUGGGAACGGAAGUGAGGUCGAAGAAGAGGAAGGCCCAAGUCCGUUUUUACCCCUGGGAACGAUGCUGGAUACAAGUUAUUUGAAGUUGGGGGAGAUGCUGAAUGUGAGGCCCGAUGUGUUGGUUAUGCCGAGCGUUCUGCAAGGGUGUGUUAAGGUUGUGGAAUCUGUGCUAGUUGUUAACCCUGGCACGUUGAGUAAACGGCGCGCAGCAGGAACAUAUGCCAGGAUGAUUAUCAAUCCGGCGAGGGUGACGGAUGAGGAGAGGGAGAUGGGCGCUGCUGUGGCGCAUAAGUUGUGGGAGAGGGCAAGAGUGGACAUUGUAAAGAUCUGAGAAGCGCAGUGCUUUUUUGGAGGGGCAGGUUAUAUGCAUGGGUAUCGCUGUCAGUGUAUGACUGCCACUUGAGUGCUUCAGAACCCAUUAUCCGACGACUGCA